AUGAAGCCUUCGGAAAUCCCAGGUACCCCUGUGACCGAUGCGGUUGACUCGGAUCAAGUCAAACUCGAAGUGGAUAGUCCUGAUACCGGGAUACCUGAGUCUUUAGCUACCGCGGCUGAAGCAUUGAUGGUGACGACGAGGUCACGGGCGGAAGCGGAUGCAAGUUCUCGGACUUCUGUAGAUCAGUCUGGAUACCAGGAUGAACGUUGGAGGAGAAUCAAGGUUCACCAAGACGAAGACUUGUGGAUCCAGCAAAUGAAGAAGGUCCUGAAAGGAGACGUGUCAGAUCUUCCACGGAACCAGGUCAAGAAGAUUGCGAAGGUCUCCGAUCAGUUUGUGUUGGAUUCGCUGAGCACACCCACUCCCGAGAGACCUCAUAACAAGCAGUCGGAACUCAGGUUGGUAGUCCCAGAGACUUUACGUGUCGACAUGUUACACUACUCGCACGAAGACUUUCAAGGCGGCCAUCAAGGAAUCAACAGAACGUUUGAACGGUUACGUUCAGAGUUCUACUGGAUCGGGAUGUACGCUGAUGUACAGAAGUUCGUGAGAGAAUGCGUAGAUUGCGCGUCAGCCAAGGGGCGACCACCGGUUCUCGGCCCGUCACCUGGCAAUAUCGAGCCGAGAUAUCCGUUCGAAGUGGUCUCUAUGGAUUUUGUCACUGAGCUACCUGAGUCCGACCGUGGAAAUACCUACUUGUUGCUGUUCCAAGAUCAAUUCUCAGGAUACGUCAUGUGCAAACCCAUGCGGAAUACCGAAGCCCAAGAUGUCGCUGAGGCAUACGAAGAGUACGAGAUUUGGGGCGAGUUCAAUGAUCAGACA